GUCUAGGAAGAGAGCUGCAAAACGAUCUUCUUCCAUAAAUGAUCAACAAUUAGAAAGAGAGAUAGAAGUGGUUGAGAAAAUUUCUUUAUCCGAAGUUGUCGAUUAUGUCACCAGCAAAGCUACUAAUCUUGAGCACGAUGAUAUACUAUCCUUCGAUCUUUGCGUUAAGCUUGAUGAUGUAUUGGUUGCUGCACAUGAUGCAAAAAAUACGGUAAAGUUAAUAGUGGACGAGAUCGAGGAAUUUGAUGGAUAUGAUUGGGUAUUCACAACUGGACCUGAAAUGUCAUUACGCCAUCAUGAAGUUGGUAUAUUUUAUCUUGCAUGUUCAUAG